GAAGUCUCUGCCGCCUUGAAGGGCGAUAGCGGCAUGUCAUCGAUUAUAGAUAUGCAGCGUCCGGCUCUCUUGUCAUCGGCUGCCCUUUGGGUCAUGCACCCACAACUUUACAGGGCAUUAAUGUCCACUCACGUAGCACUCGGGCAUUGGGCGGCAGUGCAUGGUGAAGAUCAGAUGUACCGAUGUCUCCAGCAUUGCGUGUCAGCAUAUUCCGGCGCUUCCAUCGUUUGCAACAGGCAAUCACCCGGUCAUUGUGAUCCCAAAUGUCCUCCAGAGGGAUUUGACAUUCUUACUUGCAUAGGAAGCUAUAAACAUGUGGUGAUGAAUUUGACAAACUUGGGUAUCGAUUUGUUGUAUAAUCUGGGAGUCAUGGUCAGUUAUUCUGGCCGGCUUGUGAGGCACAGUGUCCAGGUGGGGGAUGGUGACCGAAUUGUGUGGGCAUGGUUUAUGCGGGACAGCGUGCACAACUAUGCUGGAACCCCACAUACAGAGUUUGCAAAAUACAGCCUGGCCGAC